UAUAUAGUUAGACUUCCCCUCGUAUUUAACAAUAGCGCGACCAAUGAAAACGUGAGAAAAUGCGGGAAAGAAUUAAAAGUACUCCAUCAAAGCAACAAACAAUAAUUAAAUUAAAUCCCCCUUUUCAUCCAAUUUUUUCUUUCAAAACUAAAUUCCAUUGCUCAAUCGCUCUUCAAGAACAAAAAUUUGCAGUUACUGGAAAUUGUGGAAUAGAAAGAUCACAUCUUUGUCUUAAAUGAGUAAUUGAAUUAGUAGACACUGAGCAACAGCAAUGCACGGAGCAUCAUCGUCAACAUCAGACAUUUUGCAAAGAUGGAAAGAAAUUCAAUUUUCACUCAAGCAAGGAUUGAUCUUGGAGGAUGAUUUUCCAUGGAAGGUACCCACAUCAGAAGAAGAAGAUGGUAAAGAACAAGUGUUGAAAUAUAUUGGUGGGGUUGAUGUGAGCUGUUUGAAGGAAGAUCAAUCAGUUGCAUGUGGAACACUUGUUGUCUUGAAUUUUUCAACUGGUGAAGUUGUUUACCAUGACUCUGCUCAUGUUAAGCUUCAUGUUCCUUAUAUUGCUGGCUUUCUUGCCUUUCGAGAGGCUCCAGUUCUUGUGCAGCUACUUGAAAAGAUGAAAACUGAAAAUAAUCCUUACUACCCACAGUUAGUAAUGGUUGAUGGCAAUGGUAUACUUCAUCCUCGAGGCUUUGGCUUGGCUUCUCAUGUAGGUGUUCUGGAAAAUAUUCCCACCAUUGGGAUCGGAAAGAAACUGCAUUGUGUCGAUGGUCUUACUGAAAAGGGGGUCAGAAAAUGUCUUCAAGACGAGGAAAAAAAUGGUGAAAAUCUUAUUACUUUGACAGGACGCUCUGGGCGCAUACAUGGAGCAGCAAUGAGGUCAACUGAGGGCUCAGUGAGACCUAUAUUCAUAUCAAUUGGUCACCGUGUUUCACUUGAUACUGCCAUUAGAAUUGUUAAAAUGAGUUGCAAGUAUCGUGUGCCAGAACCUAUUCGGCAGGCUGAUAAAAGAUCAAGAAUUAAUGUACAAAGGCCUCAAGAAAUAUUAGAACAGCUUCAUUGCUUGAAUCUGGAAGCAAGUGCAUCUCGAGAAACUAUCACCGACAAUCAUCCCUCCGAUGACUUGGUGAGUUCUGAUUCAAAAUUCCUGUUUACUGUGUUGAAUAACUCGCAAGUUUUAUGAUGAAAUAAUUGAGGC